CAAAAGCAGAAGGCUUGGGAGAUGAGGGAGUCCAGUCCGUAGUUGGCUCUUGCUGGCAGGCUUGACCCAGGGGAACCUGUGUGAAGAGAAAAUGCACCUGCUGCUCUUCUUUCUCCUCCUCUUCGGGUUGUCAGGCUCAUUUGCCAUCAUGGGUCCAAAAGUAAUGAGAGGCCCAGAGCGGGGCUCGUUGACCGUGCGGUGUCACUACGGCCCAGGAUGGAAGACCCACAGGAAGUGGUGGUGUCGAGGAGCUGAUUGGACUAGCUGCAAGAUCCUUGUUAUAACCACUGGAUCAGAGCAGGAGGUGAAGCGGGGCCGUGUGUCCAUCAGGGACGAUCAGAGAAACCUCACGUUCACCGUGACCAUGGAGGAGCUCAGGCGAGACGAUGCAGACACUUACUGGUGUGGGAUUGAGAGAACUGGAACUGACCUGGGAUUCCAAGUUAAAGUGACCAUUGACCCAGCGCCAACUACAGCGUCGACCACCACUGCCAUGUCCACAGCACCAGUCACCCCAGAAGAGACCCGAGUCUCCCCAACUGUGACCAGCCACCACUCCGAGAGCAGCAGUGUCUCCCUGAAGCUCAGCGUUCUCAUUCCCCUCAUCUUUGCGGUGUUGCUGCUUCUCUCGGUGGCGGCUUCACUCUUGGCUUGGAGAAUGGUGAAGCAACGGGAGAAAGCCCCUGAGAUAUCCCAAGAACAGGCGCUCCAGCCCUUGGAGAGUGACGUCUGCUAUGCGAACCUGACCCUGCAGCACACGGGAACCUCCUCUGGCCCCUCGCGGAAGAAGGCCUCCAGAAAACCCUCCUACUCUGCCCAGGUGGACCAGGUGGAAGGGGACUAUGUCACCAUGGACUCCUUUCUGAGGGAGGACAUUUCCUAUCCAGCUCGGUCUUUGGACACCUUGGAUCAGGAACCAACCUACAGCAACACAAGCCAUCUCGUUGCACACAUUCCCAGCGGGAGCCACGGGGAGCCCACAGAGUACAGCACCAUCAGGAAGCCUUAGCCUGGCCUCCAGGCCCCUCUCCAGCCCCACCUGAGGUCUGUGGACGCAUUCCUGCCUCGUCUACCUUCUGUCCCCAGUCCUCUCAUGGAUUCAACCGGUGACUGAGGCCUCUGCCUCAUCCAGCCAGCAUCACCUCCAGCUCUGACCUGGGCUCAGGGGGCUUUUGGAAGACAGAUAGGGAUCUCGCCACAUCCCUCCCUCUCCCACACAGCUUGGGAGGGGUUAGGGCUAUGCUCUGGGGCUGCCGAGGGAGAAAUAGCAGCGAUAAUGAUUAUAAUAGUAAUCGACCUUUAUUUAUUGCUUACCAUGUAUGGUGGACUGAACAGUGGCCCCCAAAAUUAUCUGCAUCCUAGCCCCCAGGACCUGUGAAUGUUACCUGCUGUGGCAAACCGGGCUGUGCACAUGUACUAAAGGUGAGGAUGUGAGGGAGAGGCAUUAUUCUGGAUUAUCCAGAUGUGCCCUAAAUAUAAUCACAAGAGUCCUUACAAGUGGGACGUAAGAAGUUCACAAGAUGACGGAAGCAGAGGUUGGAGUGAGGCAGCCAGAGCCUAGGACCGCCGCAGCCUUUAGAAGCUGGAAAAGGCAAGGAAGCGACCCUCCCCUGGAGCCUCCAGAAGGAACCAGCCCUGUCGACCUCUUGACUUUAGCCCAGUGGAACUGAUUUCGUACUUCUGGCCUCCGGAAUUGUAGGAGAAUAAAUUUGUAUUGUUUUAAUUAAGCCACUAAAUUUGUGGUAAUUUGUUACAGCAGCAGCAGGAAACAUACACUAUGUGAUGAGGAAUCGAGGCACAGAGAGGUUCAAUGACUUACCAAGUUUUCCUGCCAGGACGUGGGAAGGGAGUACUGGGCCACCUGGGCAGCCGAAGGAAUUUCAGGAUCGACUUCCCAGAAGCAUGAAGUGGAGAGACUUCCCUCUCCCAGCCUGGAACCAGGGGAGACGCGAGGAGCCGUGGUUCUCCCCGACUGGAGGACUAAGGUCUCUUACCUCACUCAGGUCUCUUUUGGGGGGGGCUGGGAUAAAGUGUCAGGGAAAGGAGUCAUGGCUUGGGAAGAAAUGACAAGCUAUGCCUGGGGUCACAGGCAAGUGCCCCAGCAGGUAUGGGG